GGUCUCAUGGCAGCUUCUGACAUUAAAUCAAAAAUUAAGCUGAAUCCUCUGACAAAAGUCCCCAUCUCCUAUGGCAAGAGGGACAGAGAAUCACCAGGAUUUCUCCAAAACCAAACACAUUACAAAGCAAAGAAGUUAAAUGCUUCACAAAUGGAAGCCUUCCAAAUGGCCUAUAACUUUUUUAAUAAGGAUAAAACUGGUUGUAUUGAUUUACAUGGAAUGAUGUGCACCUUAGCUAAGUUGGGAAUGAGUCUAACCAGGCAUGAGGUCUAUAAUGAAUUGAAAUGUGCUGACAUUGAUCGAGAUGGGAAGGUGAACUUCUCCGAUUUUAUAAAGGUGCUCACAGAUAAGAAUCACUUCCUCAAGGAUGUGGUUCCAGAAAUGGAGAACUCUGGAGAUGUAGCUAGAAGCCCGGGUGACCUGUUAUUUGAUAUCAUAUCAAAGCUUGUAGAGACUUCAGCCCUACCCCGGAAAGCAGUAACAGAAAUAGUGAACUAUUUCAAUAUAAAAUCCCCUGAAACCACUGCAAGACUGAUGUGGAAUCCCUAUGCUUUGGAUUAUGGGAAAAGGCCAUUUAAGCCAGACUUAUUCAUGCCUCCAAGCUCAAGCCCGACAGCUUCCUUUGCCAAUGCCGCCCGAGCUGCAGUAACACAAGAAAAGGAUUUACUCAGAUUUCUUGAAGAGGUCAAGCGAUCCAGUCCUCCUUCAGAAAGCCCAUAUUCAAAAAUUCCCAUCUUUCCAUUGUUUCCCAAUGUGGAUGGAAUGGUGAUGGGAAGACCAUUCAAAGAUAUAGAAAAAUUAGAAAUACUAAGAAGAAGGGAGCCUCUGGAUUUCUUUGAUAAUUAUUUCUUCCAUAAAAGAGACUGGAAAGCACAGGCAACAAAUAUAAAGCCUUUGGACUCUGCCUCAAGAUACCCAAGUGAAAUCUUUGCCAUUGACCAAAUGUUCAAAAGAAAGCCAACUUGGACAGUGAUGGAUGCAGCAGCUAUUAAACCCCAUGUGAAGAGAGCUACGGAUGUCUAUAAAUUGGGAGUCGCCCUUGAACAUCAAAAAGAGAUGCUAAACCUGUGGCGGAAGAUCCGGGGGGAUUUGAUUGGGAUAGAAACUAAAAAUGAGUCCUUUUAUGACACCUUUUCUACUUAUACCUGGUCCUGGAAUGUGUACCAAGAAUUACUUUCCCCGAAGGACUUGAAGUUAUUCGAUGCCUGCAUGAACAGAUACCCCACCCACAGUGCCAGAUUAUCUUCCUCUUCAGAUACCAGUGAAUGUGAUUCAGACACAGGAAGAAAAAGAAAACGGAAAGGUCCCAAAGGGUCUCGACAAUGA